CAGUUGUGUAACAAAAGACAGCAAGCUGGAAGGGUUCGGAAGGUACGUGCACCAUGGGUAUGGUGUCCACCAUGGGUACCAUCAUUUGCACCAUCACACACACCAUGUGCACCAUCGAGGACCACCAUUGGGGUUCCCUCACCAUCACAACACCGUCCAGACGUCGGCUGUCCAACCUCUCAACGCCAAUGGAGAACCGAUAAAACUUCCCGAAAACCUAGAAAGUCUUCCCAAGGCAGAACAUUUCCCCACCCAGCGGCAUCGCUGGAACACCAAUGAGGAGAUCGCUGCUAUACUUAUCAGCUUCGAGAGGCAUGCAGAUUGGCAGUCCAAGGAGGUCAAAAUCAGACCCAAGAGCGGUUCCAUGCUGCUCUACAGUCGCAAGAAGGUGAGGUACCGCCGUGACGGCUACUGCUGGAAGAAACGCAAAGACGGCAAAACCACCAGAGAGGAUCACAUGAAGCUCAAGGUCCAAGGAACCGAGUGUAUCUAUGGCUGUUACGUCCACUCUGCUAUCCUCCCCACUUUCCAUCGUCGCUGCUAUUGGCUGUUACAGAACCCUGACAUUGUGCUGGUGCACUACCUCAAUGUGCCGUACCCUGAUGACAACAAGCUGGCUGUCAUCACCCCCUCCCUGGCUCUCUGGGGAGACAAGAAGGAGUGGACGAAGGAGGAGUUGGUUUCACAACUCAAGCCCAUGUUCUACAGCGAAGAUGAACCUGAUCUCAACAACGAAUUGGAAAUUUCAACUGCGGAGACCGUGGAAGCCAUCGUGUCACAGCUGAUGGAUAAACAGCGUUCUGCGCGCGCAGCAGCUCUCAACAAACAGUUGGAGUGUGGUUGCGCAGACAGCACAUGUCAGGACGGCAAGAACUGUUCACAGCCCUUGCGCAGAAUCACUUCCCAGCCUUCCAACCAGUUACAGGUAUCCUCCAGUUCCAUGAUGAACCACCAACAGAGGGUGAUGAACGUACAGACUCGGCCGAUGACACUGCAUCAUUCCCAUCACAACACCAUUACAACUCAUCAUAACACCACACAGGUUUCUACCAGCAACACCAGCGGGGGCUCUUUGGUUUUGAGUCUUUCGCAGAUCCAGGGUGCGGGGGGGUUGCUGAUUCUUCCCCCCGUAGUGGGGGCCUCUGAUAAACCCCCGCCCCCCGCCACCCCUGCCUCUCUCAAACAAGAAGCGAUGGAGAUGGAAGUUGUCAACUCAAGUGGACAAGUUUGUCAUAUGUUAAGCAGUCAACAACACAGACACGAACAGCAACAGCAACAACACCAUCAGCAGCAGCAGCAACAGCAGCAACAACAGCAGCAGCAACAACAACAACAGCAGUCUCGAGGCGCGACUGCCAUGGAACAAUCAAAUGCUCCAGCGGAGAAGAUGGACAUCAGCAACGGAAACAUCCUUAUGUCGAGCAACGAGUACGAGAGGAGUUACACGCGAAGGCGCGACACCAAGGAGCGCGAGAGACAUAAACAACAUGACUCGUCUAGUUCAGAGAUGCUGGUGGACGUGAAGCCGUUCGGAAUGCACCACUCGGACAGUCUCAGCUCCAAGGACUCUCUGAGCAGUUCUCAGUUCUUCAACGAGACGUUGGACUUGUCUCAGGAGGACAUACAACAGACACUGUCUGCCAACAUGCCUCUGUCUUGUGCCACCCCUGAGGCCCAGCACAGUUUUCUAACUACCGAUCGUGACUCCCCUUCUUAUAAACCCCGUCAAUUUCAUAUAACCAAGUUUUCAAGAAUUGACAAAGAUGUUACUUGGUAUGAAAAACCCCUCAUUGUUUCAAGGGACCGCAGCAGCCACGGUAAGAGAGAGGAGGCCGAAACAGAUGUAUUGGUGUCCGGAAUCAAUCCAAUGGAGUUCAUAGACGUUGCCUGCUCACCACCCUCCGCCAUGGACGAUGAUGUGUUUGUCAAUCUGGACGCCUUCGACAUGCUCGGGGACUUCCCGGAGCUUGAGGUUCUGGACUCCAACCACAGCGGAGGUAACGGUGCCACCAGCAGCACUACAGGGCAGAGUGACCAGGAACAGGCAAGCCCAGAGGGGCCCCCACCUGAACUCCAGGCCCCCGCCAAUAUCACCGACUAUUCACCUGAGUGGGCCUAUCCUGAGGGAGGUGUGAAAGUUCUGGUGACGGGACCGUGGUACUCUACUUCUUCUCCAUACACAGUUCUCUUCGACUCCUUCCCAGUUCCAACAACACUAGUGCAAUCUGGAGUGCUACGUUGCUACUGCCCAGCCCAUGAGGUGGGGUUGGUGACACUACAAGUGGCGUGUCAAGGGUUUGUCAUCUCCAACUCAGCUAUGUUUGAGUACAAGACGCCUCCCAGAGAGCAGCACAGUGUUAGAGAGUCGACAGCGGCGCCCAACGACAACCUGCUCAAGUUCACACUGCUGCAGAGGCUAGAAGCCAUGGACGAACGGCUGGAGAUCAAACAGGAGCCCGACACCGGUCAUGACUUUGUGGAGGCAAGCCUCUUGUUGAAGCAGAAGAGUUUUGAGGACAGACUGGUGUCUCUGUGUCAGUCGUUGUCGCGCAGAUCAUGGCGCAGCAGAAGUGAUGAGGACACUUCUGUUUCUUGGUGUUCCACUCUGCGCAGCAUGACUCUGCUGCAUCUGGCUGCGUCUCUGGGAUACUCCAGGUUGGUGUGUGCGAUGUUACACUGGAGGGCCGAGAACUCCUCCUUGCUGUUGGAGACGGAGGUGGACGCUCUCAGUCAGGAUGACGAAGGCUACACUCCACUGAUGUGGGCGUGCUGGAGAGGACACACUCAGACAGCUCUGCUUCUGUACCAGUGGAACUCGACAGCGCUCUCUGUGACAAACGGCCAACAACAGACGGCGCUUGACCUGGCGCGAGCCUCCAACCACUCUGCACUGGCGCAGCGACUACAGACUGUUCAUCAGGAGAGCACCAACAUUUCCCAGCCUGAGUCCAUAGCAGACGACAGCCAAGAAACGGAAUCUGAUCUCACUUCUUCCCUGUUGAAAGAUGACGGUAUCUUUCUCAAACCGGAUGCCAUUCCUAGAAAUGACAGCCAAAAGUACAAAUUGCUCAGUCUAUAUGUGAACAUUCCACCCAACAGUAACAAUAGUAACAAUAACAGUAACAACAGCAAUAACAACAGUCUAGCACCUCCUGCAGUCAACUCAACACCGAGUCCCAAUUCAGUAAACAACAACAUGAAAAAGUCACAGUCCCAACAACAAAACAACAGCACGCAGACAGGGGGGACAGAAGGGGGCCGACUGAGCCCCCCACGGGGCAAGCAUCGGAGCCACAGCAAACUAUCCAGGUUUGAGCGCAGUAUGUCUCUACCAUUGAGUUCCCCACUCUCAGGUACAGACUCCGCCUACGACAGUGACAUCGUUCAUUCUCCUCCUCGUCGAAUGGACUUUGCACUUUGUGAGGUGACGUCGGGCCCGAGGAGCGAGUCUCCGAUAAUAGACGUAGAACUUCUAUCAGACGAGGAAACUCGCAACAACUCCGACAACGUGGGGGAGCAAGAAGUGAGGGUUUUGACUUUGGCUGAACAAAUCAUCGCUGCAAUGCCCGAAAGGAUCAAGAACGAGAGUGAAGGGGAGGACAUGAUGGUAUUGCUGAGCAACCAGUCAGUCCAAGUUUCUAUGGGUUCUCCUCUACUCAUAGACGAACCUCCCUCCUCCACCUCCUCUUGCUGCUUUGAUUCUGACAACCAGUUCAACUUUGAUCACAACUACAGGUAUUAUGACGUCAGCACCCCUAGCUCCAGUCUCUCCCCCGCCUCUUCUUGCCUCCCCUCCCCAUCUCCCUCCUCCUUCCUACCAGAUUCCCCCUCCCCUCCUCCCACUACGGCAGACUUCUGUGAGUUCUUUCACGCAUCUUCCAACAGUCUGUUCUUUGAGAAAGACUUCUCCAACCUUACACUGUCUGACCGAGAACAAAGAGAACUUUACGAGGCCGCUAAGAUCAUCCAGAAGGCUUACCGCUCGUACAAAGGACGCAAGAAGCUGGAAGAACAAGACAAGGAGCGAGCCGCAGCCAUCCUCAUACAGAACUAUUACCGCAGAUACAAACAGUACGCCUACUUCAAGCAGAUGACCAGAGCUGCUAUGGUCAUACAGAAUGGGUUCAGAUCUUAUUGUGAACACAAACGGUUCAAGAAGAACCAAGAGGCCGCAGUGAGGAUCCAGAACUACUACAGGAACUACCGAGACCAGGGAAGAAGUGGGGACGCUACUCCACCCACGGGCCUCAAGCGCACAUACUCCCAACGAAGACAACAUCAGGCAGCUCGCAAAAUCCAGCAAUUUAUGAGGCAGUCUAAGAACAAGUUACAGAAAGAACGAGCAGAAAGAGAGAGGCAGGGGGGCCCGUCUCCCAGGGGUGUCCGUCCAAGGUCAUUCUCUCCCGUCAGUUCACCUUCCAUCGGACCAAGUAGCAACUCCAGAGCCGCUAAUGACAUGGACAGCCCAGGAUGAUAUUCUAGUGUGGAUCCAUGGAACUUCGAGGGCAAUCAGUUUUAUCUCUACGUUCUUAUAGCGUUCUAUCUGCUUACCGUUACACUCUGCUAUCAGUAGGUCGAGUGGUGCUAAGACCGGGUUAAUCUUGUUAUGUUUGUUUGCCUUUGAGAUACGACUGUGUUAUGAGUCUUCGGUUCGUCUCCCAGAUACUCCUCAAACCUUUGCAAAGCUCGUUUACUUGUUUUUCAAAGAGCUUCUCAAAGCCGAGGACCAUCUUGGAGCCGAACGACAGCUCUUACCUGUAAAACAGGGAUCCUUGUUAGUCAGUUAGUUACGAUUUUGGUGUGUUUAUUUUUCAAACCAGUAUUAGUUUGUUGAAAUUUAAUUUCUUAGAUUUAGGUAGCAAACCACGGUUCAUUGUUGACAAAAAUAAAUGACAUAUUUUUAUUAUUUGGUCGGAUGUUUGUUGGUGUGAAUUCAGUGUUCAAGAUUGUAUUUUUGAUACAAAGGUUCGAAUUUAGCCAUUGUAAAUUUAGUUGGUAGGUCUAGAACUCACUUUGCCAUAGUCUUGUCUUCAACCUCAAGCCAAAUGUGACUGAUUGAAUUAAUGUUUAAAAUUUUUUUAUGUAAAAGCAGACUUUCCUGUAUGGACAGACAGUUAAAAUAUACAUAAGUUUCUUAUCAGGUGAAUUCAAAUGUGACGUAGUCUGUUCUAUCAUAUUUUUUUUUAUUUAACUCCACUAACUUAUAACUAUGACCUCCUCGAUUUAUAAUUUAAUACAGGAGAUUUAAAAAGUUAUCAAGAUACUUUAUUUAACUUUUGAAAAGCAGUUAAUCUAUAACAAAACCAUUUUUUUCAUUGUUUAGUUUAUGUAAUAAAUUAUAUAAAUUAAAAUAUUCCCUGACACUUAAUAUUUUUAAGUGAAUAUUCAAAGACAAAUUCAGAGAAGGGGCCCUUGCGCCUUGCGGCCCAAUUUUCUCCAAGGGUAUUGUUCCUAAGGAACUUAUAGGCCAAAAAUUCCUUUUUUCUCUCUCCUAAACCCCCAUGAUUAUAUGGAAACAAUAAAUGUAAUUUAAAUUCAUUAAUGUAAAGACUAAUUUUUUUAAAUCCAACCAAGGUUUUGCUCACUAAAGAGUCUUGUUAUCAACACUCUUAAAAAAAAGCGUUCACAGGUUUAUACCUGUGAACGCUUUUUUCAAUUUUUUUACUGAAUUGUACUUUACUUAUUUCUUUUCGAACAAUUUUGAACAUUGUCAAAGUUACAUUGGCUAGAGACGUGGAGACGGGCAGUGCUUGAAGAUUGGCUCAAUAUUUAGAUUAUGUAUCAAAUUAGUAGUACAAAGUCAGAUAGUUUCGUCAUAGUCUUUCCACCGCAGUCAUCCCUCAGGAGAAUGACUCGAGGAACAAGAGUCUAGUGGCAAACUACAUAAGACGUCAACAACAUAUCUUUGCAAUGAUUAUACUGUAUACUGUAACCUUUCACACAAAUGUCACUGGUCCUCUACAGUCUCCUGAGGGAUCAACUGUCUUUGCUAACUUUGUAAAUACUUCUUCUUGUUCUAUUCACUUUUCACAGCUUACUCUAUCUUUUCCGUAGAACAGGAAAGUUUUUGUAUUUUCACUGUCUUUGAGAACUAUAUAAAAAUUUAAUCUUUCAAAGUAGCCUAGACUUUUCGAUCAGGUAGGUAGAGAAAUUUUAAAAUUAGAAGCUGCACCAAUCCGAAAACUAAUAAUUUAGAAAUCGUAUAAUGAAUUAUGACUUUGACUUUGUGAUUGUUUUCUGUACCUUCUCUGCUCAAUUUUGUUCGUUUUCAUAAGACUGUUCUUGUUUACAUUUUCCUGUGUGAUCAUUUUAUUUAUUGUUCUCAUAUAUCUUUUAGUUUUUAUUAAAUUUAUAUCUCAAGAAAGUGUGCAUGUUUAUGGUAUUCCCAUAGCUAGAAUGUCCCAUUUUGCCUUUCAAAGAUCUUUCUCAAAUAAGUAGUAGAUGGACCAAAGAUCCUUCAUUUAACAACUAUUGAAUAUUUGACAAAUGUUUUCAACUUUUUCUUAGCGUCAUGAUUAGUAUUUUCAAUGAUUACUCAGUUGAUGUAACUAAUUUUUUGGCUUUUCUUUUUUUUAUUAAUUGUUCAAAUUUUACUCUUUAUGUAAUUUCUUUUCAAAGUAGAAAGAUUAACUUCAAAUUUAAAUGUAAUUUUGAAAGUAAUUCAAUCUUGUAGUGAAACAAAUAUUCACUUAGAAAAUUUAGUGUUUAAAGAUUGUUCUUUAACGCUUCUCACAUGGAUUUAUUAAGUAGCUUUAUCACUAUUACAAAGUUUAGGUCUUUGCAUAAUAAAUAUUAAAACUCUACCGGUAGUUUGAUAAUUGAACCAUAUAAUAUUAGUUUUUAAAGUCAAGUAAGUGUUUUUAAUAAACUUGUUAAGACAGUGUCUAUUUUGUUCGGCAGCAUAUUCUGAGCUGUUUAGCCUAGCUCCAUAAAAUCAACACCAACUUAAGCAUUUGUGUUACAUUGUUAAUUGCAAUCGGUGUUUUACGUACACGUUUACGUUCUAUACACGGCUGUGAAAUUGUUUUCAUUACUUUAAGUCUUUCUGUUUUGGAACCUCGAUGGAUGUUAAAAGUAUAAAUUAGUUAUAAAUACCACCUGUAUAUUUUAUGUAACUUAUUUGUCACUAAAAUAUAUUGUUAAAUUAUUUCACCGUUUAUAAUAUAAUACGAUAAGUGAGACGGACGAGAUUCCGAUUUAAAAAGUUAUGUAAAUAUUAAGGUUACUGUUAUAUAUUUGUCCUAUCUUAUUGUUUCCCUCGACUCGUUAGUCUUUAGUCUUUUUUACAUCUGAAUGUUUUCUAGUGUUUGUGAAUGCAUUUAUUUGUGUACUUAAUUUGUUUCCGACGCAGUAAAAAAGACAGGGGGACUGCAACGUUCUGUUUGUAAAUUAUAUAUAAUAUAUUGUUAAUGUACGCUUCUAUUGCCAUCUUCACUACGCGGUGAUUGUUUUUAUAUUCAUCUAGCACGAUAUUCCUGUAAGUUAAAGUGUUCAGUCGCAGCUCUCGCACCGAGUUUGUCUUACUUCCUCGAGGAAGUUGUUUCUUGGUUUUAAAUAAAUGCUACAGUAAUAUUAUUUUCAUAAACUAUUUUGUCUUUCAAGUUGUCGUCAGUUAACCAACCAACUGAUCGAAUACAUCUAGCAAAUUUGUAUUGUUUACUCUAAAUCAGAAUUUUACAGGUUUGUUCUAAUAUUAAUUUUGUUCACAAAAUUUUCAAAUUUUGACAAAAUUUACAUCCUAUUCAUUGUUUUCUCUAACGUCCAGUUGAGAAAUCAUGUUUUGGUAAACAACAAACCGUGCGAGUGUCAAUUGUUAUUUAGAGUUAGGAGUUACUGAUGCUUGUUCAAAUUAUAUAUAUUAUAUACAUUGUUAUUAUUGUAUUGUAUCGCCUAUAGAUAUAUUUUUCAACAUUAGAUAAGAAAUGAUUCCCUAGUCAUAUGUAAUAUUUUACAUCUGUACUUACAAUCUCUAGUUUUAAAAAGCCACAUUUUAUAACCUGCUUGAAUCAGUCAAUAAUUUGUUAUAAUUACAUUCAUCUUAACAUCUUA